UUACCUCUGGUAUCACGCACGUGAGUGACGACAAGUAUGCAGUUAAAAAUGUCAAAACCAUUUGACGAUGGUUUUGUUAAGCAAUUGCUACUGCAAGAAGAUGAAUUCGUUUCAAAAAUAUUUUCAGAAACACCAUUACCUAUGUACAAAUUAGUUUCAGAUAAUCAAAAUAAGAUAGUUACGCAUAACGAAGUAAACGCUCCAAGAGAUAAUAUUUUGUUAAAUUCAACAAUAGAGAAAAAAAGGGCAGAAACAUUCGAAGAGUUACAUGCUAAACUGGAAGGAUUAAAGAAUAGUAAAAGGCUAGGAUAUAAAGAAAAACAAUUAAAGAGGAAUUUGAAAAGCAAAAUAAAAAAGAUAUCGAAACGUAAGGAAAGAUCAAUGCAAAAGAAUCUAGUAAAAACAGAAGGCAAUGCAGCUGAUUUACCUAAAAUUAAAAAAGAAGACAUAGAAGUACCAAAAAUUCCAAGACCAAAACCUGUAUUUAAUUCAGAAGGUAAAAUGGUGUUUAGCAAAUUUGACUUUUCUGAAAUUGGAACAAAAAAGAAACCACCCAAAAAGGAUCCUAAAAGAAUGUUACUUGAAAUAAAACAAAGAAAAGAGAAAUUAAGGGAAAUGGAAGAAUCAGGUGAAAGAGAAAAGGCACAAGAGUUUAAAGAAAAAAAUGCUUGGAAAUCUGUAUUGGCAAAAGCUGGUGGUGACAAAGUGAAGGAUGACCCGGAUUUACUUAAACGAACGUUAAAAAGAAAAGAACAACAAAAGAAGAAGAGUGCCAAGAAAUGGGAGACAAGAUUAGGAAAUGUACAGAAAGGUAUUCUGGAAAGGCAAAAGAAACGACAAGAUAAUAUUAUGGCAAAGAAAAAAGAAAAAAAAUUGACGAAACUAAAACGGGCAGCUAAAAAAGGACGAGUAAUUCCUGGAUUUUAAAUACAACGCAA